CACUGGUCCACGGCAAGAUAGCUUACCUGCAAAACAAGGAUUUCGAACUAGCCAACACGGCACAUGGCUCGUUUAUGGUAUAUUAAGCACCACUCCGCAGCGGCCCGAGCAGGUCUCCUAUGUUUGGCCUUCAAUAUCCCUCUCUCUAAAUCUUUCCCACGGGGAAGACUUGGCGCCUCCUACCCCGCAAAUUAAGCUAUCCUGAACGCAGUUGUACCACCACUCGUAAAAUGAUAAUAAAGAGCUGAUGAUCCGCAUAUCAUCCUUCCUUCCGUCCUUCAGUUCACUUCGACUGGCAAAGGGAUACCAAUUCCCACCGCAGCCUUCGCUUUAAUCACAACAAUUCUCCUGUCACCUUGUGUUUUUUUCACGAAUAAUUCACCAUGGCAGAAGAUGGCAAAGGAGACGUUCAUCUUUAUGAAAAUGCAACACGAGACGAUAAGGAAAAAAUCGGCUUGACUGGAGAAGCACUGCAACUCUCCGACGAUGUCGACGCAACAAAGCAGAGCCCAUGGACGAAAAGCAUGUUUCGACUGUACGGUGUUCUCGCUGUUGCAUACCUGUGCGGGUGCUUGAACGGCUACGAUGGCUCACUUAUGGGUGGCUUGAAUGCGCUCACGAAUUAUCAGCACUAUUUUGGCCUUGCCCAGGCCGGGUCUAGCACGGGAAUCGUCUUUGCAAUGUACAACAUCGGCUCUAUUCCUGCUGUCUUCCUGACAGGCCCCGUGAAUGAUAUGUGGGGCCGCCGCGCGGGGAUGUUCACCGGAGCCAUUAUUAUCAUCAUCGGCACAUGUGUCCAAGCGCCAUCCGUCAAUAGCGGAAUGUUUCUCGCAGGCCGUUUUAUCCUCGGCUUCGGCGUCAGUUUCUGCUGUGUAUCUGCACCCUGCUAUGUCAGUGAGAUGGCUCAUCCCUCUUGGCGUGGAACUCUUACUGGCCUGUACAAUUGCACUUGGUAUAUUGGUUCCAUAAUUGCAAGCUGGAUUAUCUACGGUUGCAGUUACUAUGAGAACGAUUACAAUUGGCGCAUUCCAAUUUGGUGUCAGUUAUUCACAUCUACUCUGGUUGCCGUCGGCGUUUGGUUCCUUCCCGAAUCCCCAAGAUGGCUUAUGGCCCAGGACAGGAUUGAAGAAGCUGUCAGUGUCCUUGCACGCUACCACGGGGAGGGUUCAGUCUCGCACCCAAUCGUUCAACUACAAAUGAAAGAGAUGUCCCAUCAGAUCAGUAGCGAUGCAUCAGACAAGAAAUGGUACGAUUACCAUGAGCUAUGGAACACUCAUUCUGCCCGACGCCGCUUGAUUUGCGUUGUCGGCAUGGCAUGGUUUGGCCAGAUUUCAGGAAACAGUAUAACAUCCUACUAUCUCCCCGAGAUGGCAAGGCAAGCCGGCAUUAAUGAUCAACACACCCAGUUGGUGCUCAACGCCAUCUACCCUGUGAUUUGCUUCAUCGCCUCUUGCGCCGGUGCUCGCCUCACGGAUAAAAUAGGACGCAGACCACUUCUCCUUUACAGCAUUGUGUUUUGCUCGUUCUGCUUCGCAAUAAUGUGUGGCUGUUCGCAUAUAGCCCAUGUCAGCCCUUCGAACAAGGCCGCUGCCAAUGCCUCCAUCGGAUUCAUCUAUGUCUUUGGGAUAGUAUUCUCCUUUGCCUGGACACCUCUACAGAGCAUGUACAUCGCAGAAACCCUCCCGACCUCUACCCGCGCCAAGGGCACUGCAAUUGGAAAUCUCAACUCUUCGAUCGCUUCUACGAUUAUUCAGUACGCAUCGGGCCCUGCCUUCGCAAAAAUUGGUUACUAUUUCUAUGCAUUUUUUGUGGCUUGGGAUCUUAUUGAGUGGGUGGUGAUGUAUUUCUAUUUCCCCGAGACCAAGGAGCGCACUCUCGAGGAACUAGCGGAGGUCUUUGAGGCACCCAACCCGGUGAAGAAGAGUUUGGAGAAGAGAAGUGCGAGGACGGUGAUGGCUACGAUGCGUAUUGACCACUUAGAUGAGAAGGACGCAUUGUGAUAGCUUCAUGUAUAAUUUCACAUUUACAUUAUAGCUUCGUCCAAGUCGCAGCUAUGCCGUGGUUUUGUCCUAUUAUCAAUUUGUGAAUCUAAAC